GGCGCCAAUAUGCCAAGCUUGGUAGGUGAAGGGUCGCGAGUGUGAAGACACUGGUUCCCUGGAUGCUUGUAUCAGCUAUCCAACAGAUUUCAUUCCCGCAACGCCCUCUACUUCUAAUUACAAUUUCUACCCAAGUCUUACCAUGAUGGACUGGGAUGAUUCUGAGCUCCAGGAGGAUCUUGAGAUGCUUUCAAUGCAGAUGUUGUAUAUUAUCCUUGGAUUAUACGGCUGGGAAUAUAUACGUUCUUCACACGUGGAGAUAGCAUUGCUUCGGAGGCAGCUUCCGUUUAGAUGGGCUUUGCUCUCGUACAUUACCGCCCGAUUCAGCUUUUUGAUUGCGACCGUUUUGUUUGCUAUGCAAUUCAGUCUCUUCCCCAUAAAAGUUGAUUGUCAGGGCAUAAAUACUUUCGUCAUAUUUGCGAUAAGCGUCGCCGGUGGUUGUUCCACAACCAAUCUGAUGGUCAGAACGUGGAUUAUCUGGCAAAAUAGUUCUCUGUUGCGUCUUUUGCUAGUCUUCUUCUCAUUAGGUCAUUGGACACUACUCGCGCUCUGUGCGUAUCUGCUGCCCUCUAGUGCGAUUUAUCGAACCAUUUUUCAGUCGUUGCAAGCGCUCGUGCAUCCACCAUAGAUGGGGUGUGUAUAAUUAUUUUGUCAACACCACAUAUACAAUUGCACUGCUCAUCUAUAGCAUGUGCUAUGAUUUGCUACUUUUGGUCUUCACCAUAA